AUGGAGAAGGUAUUGCACAGUAGCAGUCAGCAGUCUACUGCAGGGGAAUAUUCCCAAGGAAGUCCAAGUCACAAACCACCUCGGGGGCAGUCUAUUAAAUAUGGAGAGCUAGUCAUUCUAGGGUACAAUGGACACUUACCGAAUGGUGACAAAGGAAGGAGAAAAAGUAAAUUUAUUUUGGCCAAAAGAAUAGCUGGAAAUGGCGUCAAACCAUAUCGAAAACACAUCGUCAAAAAUCCCCAGUCUUCCAAGGCCGUCCAGGACACUCACCAACACUCUGUGUCCUACACUCUGUCUCGUAACCAGGCUGUCAUUGUAGAAUACAAACAGGAUCCCAACACAGAUAUGUACCAGAUUGGUCGUUCUUCAGAAGUACCUAUAGACUAUGUUGUGAUGGACACAAUACCAGGGAAUCAACGGACAGCCAAUGACAGUAUCACUCAGAGCACUAUAUCACGGUUUGCUUGUAGAAUCCUUGUGGACAGAGAUCCACCUUACACAGCGAGAAUAUUUGCAGCAGGCUUUGACUCUGGGAGAAAUAUAUUUUUAGGGGAGAAAGCUGUGAAGUGGUAUUCAGGAGAGGAAAUUGAUGGAUUGACAACCAAUGGUGUAUUCAUUAUGCAGCCCCAGGGUGGCUUUAAUCCCACUGGCAAACCAGGGGUAUGGCGAGAAGUGUCUGUGGGUGGUGCUAUAUAUCCCCUCAGAGAAUCCAGGUCGGCACCCCUUAAAAGCAACCAGAUUCUGGAUGAGGACAAUAUUCUCCAUGAUGGAACUGUGAUAGAUCUUUGUGGUGCUACGUUACUAUGGAGAUCAGCUCUUGGCCUCAUCACUUCUCCGAGUGAACAUGAGUUUCAGUCCCUAGUUGAAGAGAUAAAUGCUGGACGUCCUCAGUGUCCAGUGGGCCUGAUGACCCUGGUUUUGCCCAGUAAAGGCACGCUGGAGCUGUCGGACAAACAGCCGUAUGUGUACCUGCAAUGUGGCCAUGUCCACGGCCAACACCAGUGGGGACAGAAGGAGAAUGAUAGCCGUACCUGUCCCCUUUGUAUAAAGGACGGGCCAUUUGUAAAGUUGAAGAUGGGCUGUGAAUUGAGUGUAUAUGUUGACGCUGAGCCCCCUACCCACUGUUUUAACCCAUGUGGACAUAUAGCAUCAGAAGCUACUGUUAGAUAUUGGUCCCUGGUUCCUGUUCCCCAUGGUUGUCAAGGUUUCCAGGCCGUGUGUCCUUUUUGUGCCACGCCCCUACAUGCCGACCCUGGCUAUGUGAAAUUGAUAUUUCAGGACCACACGGAUGACUGA